AUGGCUGGUCUCCAUCUUGGUCAUCGCAGUGAAGGCCGUUUCCCUGCCCCAGGUGUGUAUAUUCCUACUCCUUCCCGUGUCGAGCCCAACGCUGCACCCCUACAGUUAGUCACAAGAUGGGCAGGCAUCUUUUUGCAGGUCUUCGGUUUCCUACAGAGCGUUCGUUUUCCGCGUAUUUUCCGUGAACGUCGUGCUGCUUGA